AUGAUCAAAAACAACCCCCCCACCCGAGCAAACAAACACACACAAAAGCAGAAAGAAAGGGUCUUGCUCAGCAGCAGCAUGGAUGUCUUGGCUAGUUAUAGUAUAUUCCAGGAACUCCAGCUUGUCCACGACACCGGCUACUUCUCAGCUUUGCCAUCCUUGGAGGAAAACUGGCAGCAGACAUGCCUGGAGCUGGAGCGGUACCUUCAGACUGAACCCCGGAAGAUCUCCGAGACCUUUGGGGAGGAUUUGGACUGCUUCCUCCAUGCCUCCUCAGCCCCGGAUCCAGAGGACAGUAUCCGGCGGCUGGACCCCAUCCUGUUACCUGUGGAGACGAGUGGCUGUGACAAGAGCUCCAGCGUGGACAUCAUCCUCUCACGGGACAAGCUGCUGUCUGAGACCUGCCUCAGCCUGCAGCCCACCAGCUCUUCCACGGAAGGCCCCACAGCCGUCAACCAGGCCCAGCUCAAUGCAGUGACCUCACUAACACCCCCCUCCUCCCCAGAGCUCAGCCGCCACCUGGUGAAAACCUCACAGACUCUCUCGGCAGUGGAUGGCACGGUCACCUUGAAACUGGUGGCCAAGAAGGCUUCGCUCAGCUCCCUGAAAGUCGGAGUGGCCACAGCGACAGCGGGGACGGUAAAAAGCGGUCAGAGUGACAGUGAGCAAGGAGGCCCAGGGGCAGAGGCAUCCCCAGAGAACAAGAAGAGGGUUCACCGCUGUCAGUUCAAUGGGUGCCGGAAGGUUUAUACAAAGAGCUCCCACUUAAAGGCUCACCAGAGGACUCAUACAGGUGAGAAGCCUUACAAGUGCUCCUGGGAAGGGUGCGAGUGGCGUUUUGCACGCAGCGACGAGCUCACCAGGCAUUACAGAAAGCACACGGGUGCAAAGCCCUUUAAAUGCAACCAUUGUGACAGGUGUUUUUCCAGGUCUGAUCACCUCGCCCUCCACAUGAAGAGACAUAUCUAAAGCAUCAGACAGCCCAGCCCGGACCUCACCUGAGCAAAGCCUCCUGAGAUGGCAGUGGCACUCCUGUGACCAGGCUGCCUUCCUUGCAGGAGAAGAGAACUUGACCCCGUGUGCUCCUCUGUACAGAGACCAGGUGCUCACGCUGCCACACAUCCCAUCAAACUCCAGUACCUACACCAGUUCUGUUUGCCUUGCCCCAGCUGGAUGGGAGGAGGUCGUGUGGAGACGAAGGCAAGGAGAAGGAACAGUUGCGUGCAGUCCUUCGUCCCUCUUGGAUUUGUUUCCUGCUUUUGCCAAUGGAAAUCAGAGGAAAGGGAGAGGAGGCUUCCUGGCAGGAGAAUAGCAGGAGGAGGGGCUUUAUUUAACUUGCUUCUCAGUGCAACUCAGUAGGAGGAUAUGUCGUCUUGAAGUUGCAUAUUUGUAGCACUAACUUUCUUUUUAAAUAGCUGGGGGGAAAACAAUGACCUAGGAAAACCAAAUCUCAGUUUGGUAGCCAAAAUUAACCUCUUGGUUCAUUUGUUCUUUGUCUGAGAAUUCCUAACGUUCAGUGUGUCAGACUUCUCACAGACACUUUGACCUGUCUUGCUUUUGGUUCUUCUUCCUAGAACUGAGCUAUUGAGAUCCUUUUAAGUCAAUACCAGUGGCCUUAAUGGCAGUAGACUGUGGAGUGACACUUGUGACACAAACACCCUCUUUUUUGGCCUGAGUUUAUGUAGACUUCAAGGAGGACUGUAUUUUUGUUGGUUGUUUUAAUUUUAUUUUUUGUUUUGGCUAUUGCACAACAUAUGCACUAGGGACUCUGGAAGCUGCUGCCAUGCUGGCUAAGUGGCCAAGGGAUAAACCCCUGAGAAACAGCACCUAAUAUCUCUGUAGGCCUCACCUUAUUGCCAUAGCUAGGACUUCUUGUUUAUUUGUUGAACAACAACAAAAAAACACCUUUAAAAGCUUAUUUGGAAGCUGAAAAUUUUUUUUUCCUCUUUUCUCCACGAACAAGUGAUCUUCAGAACUCCUUGUCUUCACCUGGAUAUCAGUCUGGGACUGGCCACACAGGCAUGACUACAGGAUUCCUUCCACAUCAUGUGAGCAUGUCAGCCACAACCCACAGUGACUUAGCAAUGAAUUAUGUUGCUUUUCCCUGCUGUUCUUCUAUUAACCAAUGUAAAGCAUUAGACUUUUGUUUGUGUAAAGAGCACCUGCACACGUUUUAAUUUAAAGCUAAUGUUUUUGGAGGAUCUUAAACACACACACACACACACACACA